UAUUUUUGUUCACAAAACUUUCGAUCCAGAAAUUGAUAAGCCAUUUACUGCGCAGAUGAUCCUUUAAAUAGCCUUGCAAUAUAUUUUGUCCAACUCAUUCCUUUUCGAUAAAUCGAAUCGUCAGCAUGAAAUUCCUGAUAACCAUAGUCCUACUUCUAGUGGCGGUCGCCACAGCUUCUGUGGUCCCACAGAAGGAAGAACGCAUCAUCGGUGGAUCGAUUGCUUCAGCUGGCCAGUUUCCGUACGCAGUUGGUUUAAUCACCCGAAUCAAUAUUCUGUUGUCGGGCCAAUGCGCAGGAUCUCUACUAUCGAACCGCUUCAUUCUGACCUCGGCUAGCUGUGUCAGUGGAAUACAAAGUGCCGUUGCCGUCAUCGGUGGGCUUAAUAUUAACGAUGCCACCGAACCGGGUCAGAUCCGCCCGACCAUUACUCAGUUCAUCGUCCACAAUGGUUACAUCGAAGGAACGGAUGACUUCGAUGUUGCCUUUGCCGUACUGCCGAUUCCGAUUAGCUUUACGGAUAAUAUCCGUCCAGUCCGUUUGCCUAACCGUCGCCAGGUGGAAGGCACUUUUGUCGGACGACAAGGAACAUUUUUAGGAUGGGGACGAUUCGGCGAUGGAACAUCCAACUCCGAUGUUCUGCGCUUCGGAAGCUCAUCGGUCAUCACCAACCUUUCGUGUCGAUUGAGUCUGCCCACGAAUACCAUUCUCAAUGAGCACAUCUGCACUGACGGAUACGACGCGGAAGCCGGCCGUGGAUCACCGUGCCAGGGAGACAGCGGCGCACCGUUGACCGUUGUGGACACCGAUGGAAUCACCACCCUGAUUGGAGUGUUUUCGUUCCACUCGAUUUUGGGCUGCGACGGAGGUCGGGCCACCGUAUUCACGCGUCUUUCGGCAUAUCUGGAUUGGAUUCAGAACAAUUCGGACAUUUUGCUGAGACAAUUGGAAAAUUAUGGAACCGGUACGUCAACCAUGAAAUCCCUGAUAGCCAUAGUCCUGCUUCUGGUGGCGGUUGCCACAGCUUCUGUAGUCCCACAGAAGGAAGAACGCAUCAUCGGUGGAUCGAUUGCUUCAGCUGGCCAGUUCCCAUACGCCGUUGGUUUAAUCACCCGCAUCAAUGUUCUGAUGUCGGGCCAAUGCGCAGGAUCUCUACUAUCGAACCGCUUCAUUCUGACCUCGGCCAGCUGCGUCAGUGGAAUACAAAGUGCCGUUGCCGUCAUCGGUGGGCUUAACAUCAAUGACGCCUCCGAGGCGGGCCAGGUUCGCCAGACCGUUACUCAGUUCAUCGUCCACAAUGGUUACAUCGAAGGAACGGAUGACUUCGAUGUUGCCUUUGCCGUACUGCCGAUUCCGAUUAGCUUUACGGAUAAUAUCCGUCCAGUUCGUUUGCCUAACCGUCGCCAGGUGGAAGCCACUUUUGUCGGACAACAAGGAACAUUUAUGGGAUGGGGACGAUUCGGCGAUGGAACAUCCAACUCCGAUGUUCUUCGCUUCGGAAGGUCGCAGGUCAUUACCAACCUUUCGUGUCGAUUGAGUCUGCCAACGAAUAGCAUCCUCGAUGAACACAUCUGCACUGAAGGUUUGGACACGACAGCCGGCCGUGGAUCACCCUGCCAGGGAGACAGUGGCGCACCAUUGACCGUUGUGGACGCCGAUGGAAUCACUACUCUGGUUGGUGUAUUUUCGUUCCACUCGAUUUUGGGCUGCGAUGGAGGUCGGGCUGCCGUAUUCACACGUAUUUCGGCGUAUCUGGAUUGGAUUCAGAACAAUUCGGACAUUGUAAUUCAGGACAAUUUCCAAUGA